AUGAAGAGAAAGUGGGACUCACCCGGCCCAUCGACGACGUCUGCUUCUGUCAAUGACGGCGAUUCAUCCUCAGGGGCUGAAUUCGAGGUGUUUUUGAAUUUCAGAGGCCCGGACACCCGCCUCAACUUCACUGAUUCUCUCUAUCACACUCUAGUUAAAGCUGGGAUUCGCGUUUUCAGAGACAAUGAAAAGAUCCGACAGGGCGAAAAGAUCAGAGAUGAGCUUUUGCAUGCCAUCAAAUCCUCUAAAAUAUACGUGCCUAUCUUCUCUAGGAACUACGCAUCCAGUGCGUGGUGUCUUCGCGAGCUCGCGCAUAUGGUGGAGUGUUGGGGCAAAGCGAAAGAUAAAAUGAUCCUACCUAUUUUCUAUGAUGUCGAUCCCGAUGAUGUGAAGCUCAGAACUCGAUUGUACCUCGAUUCUCUGGAGAAGCACGAAGGGAAGUUCGGCUGCGAUGUUCUGCAGUGGAAGGAGGCUCUGACCGAGGUCGCAAAAAUCAGAGGAUUGGACUUGAAGAACAGAGGUCAUGGUGAAAUCAUCAACGCUAUCAUGGACAAGGUUGUGACCAAGCUAAUGAAAAGAAGGAGAAAUCUGCCUAAUCAUUUAGUUGGGAUUCAUGAUCAAGUGGAAGCUAUCGUGGACUUGUUAAACAAAGGUUCUUGUGAUUUCCGUUACCUGGUCAUCCAUGGAAUGGGCGGUAUCGGUAAAACAACACUUGCAAGUGCCGUCUUUAAUCGAAUCUCCAAUCAAUUUGAAGGCUAUAGCUUCCUCUUGGAUGUUCGCGAAUCUGCACAGCAUGGUAGAAUUAUUGACUUGCAAAAGCAGUUGUUGGUAGAAAUUCUCCAAGUCCGAUCUCUAGAGAUCCACAAUUCCGUUGAUGUAGGGAUUAACACAAUUAGAGAAAGGUUUUGUCAUAAGAAAGUCCUAAUUGUUAUUGAUGAUGUGGAUAAAUGGGACCAACUCUCUAAACUAGCAGGAAAGAGCGACCGGUUCGGUCCAGGGAGCAAAAUCAUCAUUACAACGAGGGACAUCAACUUUUUGCCAAUCAAAGAGGAGGAGGAGGAGGAGGAGGAGGGUAGUUUCCAAGCACAUGCUAAAGAAUUUGAAAUCUACGACAUGAAAGAAAUGGAUUCUUUUGAUGCUCUUGAGCUUUUUAGUCAACAUGCCUUAGGGAUGGAUUUCCCACCACCUCACUAUGUAGAUAUCUCACGCAAAAUUACCUACAAAACAGGUGGACUUCCAUUAGCUCUUGAAGUUAUUGGUUCCUCACUUUUCGGUAAAAACAAAACAAUUUGGAAAGACACAUUGAAGAAAUUACAUUCGAUGCCCAAGCAGGAAGUCUUCGUUAAAUUAAAGAUUAGUUAUGACAUGUUAGAUGAUGCUCAGAGAGAGAUCUUUCUUGACAUUGCAUGUUACUUCAUUGGAAAAGACAGACUCCACCCGUUCUAUAUGUGGAAAGCUUUCGGCUAUUUCCCAAAGACUGAUCUACUUGUCCUUACUCGUAUGUCUUUAGUAAAGAUAGAGGAAGAUGAUACGCUAUGGAUGCAUGACCAACUUAGAGAUCUUGGAAGAGAAAUUAUUCGACUUGAAGACAAUGAUCCCGGAAAGCGUAGCAGGUUGUGGAUGCCUGACAUUGCCUUGAAUGUGGUUCAGCAGAAACUGGCAUCAAAUAAAAUUGUAGCCCUUACACUGACGGGAGACUCCAAAGGGCGGAAUUUCACGAGUGAAGAAUUUUCAAAGUUGCCCAACUUAAGAUUCUUGGAACUAGAGGGUGGGAACUUGGUAGGGGACUUUAAGAAUCUUCUUUCCAAGUUAACAUGGUUCUCUUGGAGUCAUUUCCCUUCAAAAUUGGAAGUGAAGAACUUAUGUCUUGAGAAACUAGUCGUGCUCGAGCUUUCAAAAGGUGACUUAGGAGAUUGGGCCGAAUGGGAGCAAUGCAUGGUGAGCAAUAACUUGAAAGUUAUACACAUCAAUGAUGGCAAAAACUUACAUCGAACUCCUGACUUCUCAAAAUGUGAGAAUUUGAAAAGAUUCAUUUGUCGAGAUUGUUCAACCAUACCAGUGGUUGAUGGCUCUCUCUUUAAACUAGAGCACCUAAAGCACUUGGAAAUCAAAGAAGACCUUCAUAUAAGCAGAGGCACUCCUCAACUAUCAGAAUUUGGUGAUGGGGCUCCAAAUAUAGAGUGGAUCAAGGGGUUAUCAAAACUGGAAUAUUUGUCGUUUCGUGUGAAAGAUGUCACAUUUUCUCUAAACGAUUUGACUACUCUUUCUCGGCUUCGUUGUCUUGAAAUGACUUGGAUCGACCACAGAUCGUGGAUAGCGCUUCCGUCCGGUCUUAGUGUAUUGAGGCUCUACGAUCUCAGGUCGCCGGAGGUCAAAUUAGACGAUGUGUUUGGACAGCAGUUGGAGAGACUCCAUUGGUUGCAUGUGGGCGGAAGUGAAUUGCUUGAGCGGCUGUCGGGUUUAUCGAGUUUAAAGGGGCUCGAAGGCUUGACAGUGGAAUCUUGCCCGAGGCUUUUGGAGAUUCAAGGUGUGGAGAAAUUGGAAUCGCUAAAGAGAAUACAUCUUCAUAGUUGCAGAUCCCUAAAAAGGUUGCCUGGUCUGUCAGAAUUAAAGAAGCUGCGGUCGUUAACCUCGGUAUAUUGUCCAUCGCUAAAUUUGCCCGAUCUACCGUCUCACAUUGACUUCGGUUGGCAAAGUUUCCUUUAG